UCACGUGCAGCCGCGCCGGGUGCAGGAUGGCGGCGGCGGCGGCAGCAGCAGCAGCAGCAGCGGUGGGUGUCAGGCUCCGGGACUGCUGCAGCCGGGGCGCUGUACUCCUGCUUUUCUUUUCUCUGUCUCCAAGGCCCCCGGCCGCCGCCGCUUGGCUGCUUGGCCUGCGGCCUGAGGACACUGCUGGAGGCCGUGUGUCCCUGGAGGGGGGUACCCUGCGCGCUGCCGAAGGCACCAGCUUCCUCCUGCGAGUCUAUUUCCAGCCUGGUGCCGCGGCCCCCGCUGCGCCGGUGCCCGCACCCACCCUUUCCCCCGGGGAGAACGGCACGGGCGAUUGGGCCCCACGGCUCGUGUUUAUUGAGGAGCCCCCGAGCGGGAGCGGCGUGGCGCCCAGCGCAGUCCCCACGCGUCCCCCGGGACCGCAGCGCUGCCGCGAGCAGAGCGACUGGGCGUCAGAUGUGGAGGUCUUGGGGCCCCUGCGCCCCGGGGGCGUGGCGGGCUCGGCCCUGGUCCAGGUGCGGGUGCGAGAGCUGCGCAAGGGCGAGGCAGAGCGGGGCGGCGCGGGCGGUGGCGGGAAGCUCUUCUCGCUGUGCGCCUGGGACGGGCGCGCUUGGCACCACCACGGCGCCGCCGGCGGCUUCCUGCUGCGCGUCCGCCCGCGGCUCUAUGGCCCAGGUGGGGACCUGCUGCCGCCCGCUUGGCUGCGGGCGCUCGGGGCGCUCCUGCUGCUGGCCCUGUCCGCCCUGUUCAGCGGCCUGCGCCUGAGCCUGCUCUCGCUGGACCCGGUGGAGUUACGGGUGCUGCGGAACAGUGGCUCGGCCGCCGAGCAGGAGCAGGCGCGCCGCGUGCAGGCCGUGCGCGGCAGGGGGACCCAUCUGCUCUGCACCCUGCUCCUGGGCCAAGCCGGAGCCAACGCCGCCCUGGCGGGUUGGCUGUAUGCCUCGCUGCCGCCGGGCAUCGGGGGGUCGGGGGAAGACUACAGCGAGGCGGGCAUUCACUUCCCGUGGCUGCCCGCGCUGGUGUGCACUGGCGCGGUGUUCCUGGGGGCAGAGAUCUGCCCCUACUCUGUGUGUUCGCGGCAUGGGCUGGCCAUCGCCUCGCACAGCGUGUGCCUGACCCGACUCCUGAUGGCGGCCGCCUUCCCGGUGUGCUACCCGUUGGGCCGCCUGCUGGACUGGGCGCUGCGCCAGGAGAUCAGCACCUUCUACACGCGGGAGAAACUGCUGGAAACGCUGCGGGCAGCGGACCCCUACAGCGACCUGGUGAAAGAGGAACUCAACAUCAUCCAGGGCGCCCUGGAGUUGCGCACCAAAGUGGUGGAGGAGGUGUUGACCCCCCUCGGGGACUGUUUCAUGCUGCGCUCGGACGCGGUGCUGGACUUUGCCACUGUCUCCGAGAUACUUCGAAGCGGCUACACUCGCAUCCCGGUGUACGAGGGCGACCAGCGCCACAACAUUGUGGACAUUCUAUUUGUCAAGGACUUGGCCUUCGUGGACCCCGACGACUGCACCCCACUUCUCACUGUCACCCGCUUCUACAACAGGCCUCUGCACUGCGUCUUCAAUGAUACCCGGCUGGACACGGUGCUGGAGGAGUUUAAGAAGGGAAAAUCUCACCUGGCCAUUGUCCAGCGGGUGAAUAACGAGGGAGAGGGGGACCCUUUUUAUGAGGUGAUGGGCAUUGUCACACUGGAGGACAUCAUAGAGGAGAUCAUCAAGUCAGAGAUCCUGGACGAAACUGACCUCUACACCGACAAUCGGAAAAAGCAGAGGGUCCCACACCGGGAGAGGAAGCGGCAUGACUUCUCCUUAUUUAAGCUUUCCGACUCAGAAAUCAGAGUGAAGAUCUCGCCACAGCUUCUGCUAGCCACGCACCGAUUCAUGGCCACAGAAGUGGAGCCUUUUAAGUCUGUGUACCUUUCGGAGAAGAUCCUGCUCCGUCUCCUGAAACAUCCCAACGUGAUCCAGGAGCUGAAAUUUGACGAGAAGAACAAGAAGGCCCCAGAACACUACCUCUACCAGCGCAACCGCCCUGUGGACUACUUUGUGCUGCUCCUACAGGGUAAAGUGGAAGUGGAGGUCGGUAAGGAAGGCCUUCGCUUUGAGAAUGGAGCCUUUACCUACUAUGGUGUCCCAGCCAUCAUGACUACUGCUUGCUCAGAUAAUGACGUGCGGAAGGUUGGAAGUCUGGCUGGAUCCUCUGUCUUUCUAAACCGGUCCCCUUCUCGCUGCAGCGGCUUGAAUCGCUCUGAGUCUCCAAAUCGAGAGCGCAGUGACUUUGGUGGGAGCAACACCCAGCUGUACAGCAGCAGCAACAACCUGUACACGCCCGACUACUCCGUCCACAUUCUCAGCGAUGUGCAGUUUGUGAAGGUCACACGACAGCAAUACCAGAACGCACUCACAGCCUGCCACAUGGACAGCUCGCCCCAGUCUCCAGACAUGGAGGCCUUCACUGACGGAGACUCCACCAAGGCUCCCACAACCCGGGGCACACCCCAAACCCCCAAGGAUGACCCUGCCCUCACGCUCCUGAACCACAGGACCAGCCUGCCAUGCAGCCGCUCUGAUGGGCUGAGAAGCCCUGGCGAGGUGGUGUACCUGAGGAUGGAGGAGAUGUCCUUCACCCAAGAAGAAAUGACUGACUUCGAGGAGCAGAGGACACAGCAACUCUCCCUGUCUCCUGCAGCCGUUCCCACAACAGCAGCAUCAGAUAAUGAAUGUUGUAAUAUCAACCUGGACACAGAGACCAGCCCUUGCAGUAGUGACUUUGAGGAAACCAUGGGCAAGAAGCUGCUGAGAACCUUAAGUGGUCGAAAAAGGAAGAGGUCAGCAGAUGGGGAGAGAACCUCUGAGGAAAACUCCAAUUUAACACCUCUGAUCACAUGACCAGACAAAGAGCGUUUGCUGGAUGUGUGAGAGUCCAGGGCUUUGGGGGAAGGCCGGCCCUGCCCAUCAUCUGCUUCCCCCAGGGCCUCCCGCAGGUGACAGAGCAUUUCUGCCUUCCUUUCCACCUCUUCACCCCUAGCUGUCGUUUUUUUUUUUUUGGCAGAUUUUUCCUUGUUGCCUCCAGUUUGACUCAGAGCCUUGACAGAAGAAGGUGCCUCUAAUGGAACAUGCUAGAAAUGGUCUUGUCCAUAGCACAGUCUGGGAGAUGACCUCCAAGCUGACAAUGCCACUCUGGGACCCCUGACAUUCUUCUUUGUUCUUUGGGAUCCCCUGUGCCAUA